UCCCUCCAGUUUUCCUCUCUGAAAUGGAGCUGUCUUUGCAGGUCUCCGCUUCAAAUGUAUCCCAAUUGUUCCACAACACCAUCAUGCCACUAAAUGCCACUGGGAAUUACACCAAUGACCAGUUCACUGAAGCCAACCUCUUUGAAAUCCUGGGUCUAAAACGAUCGCCCUUCUUCCUCCCUGUGACCAGUGUUUACAUUGUCAUCUUCCUCACCGGCUUGUCUGGAAAUCUGCUCACAUGUGCAGUGAUAGCAAAGCACAAGAAGAUGCGAAACCCCACCAACCUCUAUCUGGUGAGCCUGGCUGUGUCGGACCUUCUGGUGCUUUUGUUCGGGAUGCCCCUGGAGAUUUAUGACCUGUGGCAGAACUACCCAUUCCCCUUUGGCGAGUGCGGCUGCUACUUCAAGACCUUCCUCUUUGAGACAGUCUGCUUCGCCUCAAUCCUCAAUGUCACAGCUCUGAGCGUAGAGAGGUAUAUAGCCGUGUUGCACCCGCUUAAAACACGGUAUCUGUCAACUAACCAGCACGCCAAGCGGGUCAUCAGCAUCGUAUGGGUGGUGUCGAUGACCUGUGCCAUCCCUAACACAUCACUGCACGGGAUCUUCUACCUGCCAGAGAGGAUGGAGGAGUCGGCCAUAUGCACUGUGCUAAAACCCCUGUGGAUCUAUAACAUGGUCAUGCAGAUUACCACAGUGUGCUUCUAUUUUGUGCCCAUGAUGGUGAUUAGUGUGCUGUACCUGGUGAUGGGUCUUCAUUUGGGCAGAGAAAGGCGGCAGCCCAGCGGGAACUUGGGAAAAUACUGGAACACUCGAAGGAAGAUCAGUGUGAACGGGCGAAGGAGGCAGGUCAACAAGAUGCUCUCAAUCGUGGUGGCAGUGUUUGGAGUCUGCUGGGCGCCCUUCCACAUUGAGCGGCUCCUGUGGAGUUCCAUCAGCCAGUGGACCGAUUUGAUGCACAACAUUUAUCAGUACGUCCACAUCCUGUCGGGCAUCUUCUUCUACCUCAGCUCAGCAGUCAAUCCUAUCAUCUAUAGUCUGCUCUCCACAAGGUUCAGGGAGUGUUUCCGAGAACUUGUGUGCUCCCAGGCAGAGGAUAAUAGCUCUGUCAGAGACUCACCGCCAUUUCCUAAGACUUUACAGGAUCCCUCUGUCUCAAGCCCCAGAGCUCAGGCUGAGGGUAAGGACUCUAGCACUUUCAUCCCUUUACUGUCUCCUAACAUGACACUUAGCAUGGACACAAAGAUCCUCACAUGUGCAUGUAAAGAGACGACCUGCAAGACUUCUGUAUUCUAACUGAGAGAUUUAAUUUGAAUAAGCUAACAAGCAGAUUAAACAAGCAGUUUGACAUUUUGGGAAAUGUUCUUAUUCGCCUUGUUGAUGAAAGUUUGAUGAGAAGAUCGCUCUUCUGCCAGGAGGUGGUUAGCUUAGCUUAGCAUUACUACUCCAGCAAGACUGGAAAAAGGGGAAAACAGCUGUCUAAAGGUCCAAAAUCAACCUACCAGCACCGUUAAAUCACACAAAUUAACACAUUACAUCUCAUUUGUUUAAUCUGUAAAAAAACAAGUGUUUUCGACAUUUGACAUUUAUCAGACAUGAAAGUUGUAUUGUGCUUCUCAUCUAAAUC